CUGUCGGGAGGCUCCUCCCCUCCCCGGGCCGCCGAGUCUGCGCGGCUCAGCCGGGCCGGGCUGUCCGGGUCUCAGUCUCCGCUUCCGUCCGUCCGUCCGUCCACCGGUCCGUCCAGCCUGGUCUGUCUGUCCCGCGGCGCCGGCCCCCUUCUGGGCGGAGCCAGGGUCUCGAGAGGCGGCGGCGACGACCUAGAUAGAGCAGGCCUUGUGGAUGGAGUAUUGGACCCACAGUGUCGACCUUUGCCUGCCUGGGCCUCAUUUUCCACAUCUGCGCAAUGGGGGUGAUCACCCUCGCUCUGCUGCCCAGUAGGAGCAGCUGUGAGUCUCUGAUCGAGGGGGUGUCCUGGAGGAGGCCAUAGGGCGCCUUCACAGGCCCAGCCUUCACCAUGGCGGGAGGGAGACCUCACCUGAAAAGGAGUUUCUCCAUCAUCCCCUGCUUCGUCUUUGUGGAGUCAGUGCUGCUGGGCAUUGUGGUUCUACUUGCUUACCGCCUCGAGUUCACAGACACCUUCCCUGUGCACACCCAAGGCUUUUUCUGCUACGACAGCACCUACACCAAGCCCUACCCAGGGCCUGAGGCCGCCAGCCGAGCACCACCGGCCCUCAUCUAUGCCCUGGUCACUGCUGGGCCCACCCUCACGAUCCUUCUGGGAGAGUUGGCGCGUGCCUUCUUUCCUGUGCUACCUUCAGCCAGCCCCAGCAUCGGGGAAAGCACCAUCGUGUCUGGGGCCUGCUGUCGAUUCAGCCCUCCACUGCGAAGGCUGGUCCGCUUCCUGGGGGUCUACUCUUUCGGCCUCUUCACCACCACCAUCUUCGCCAACGCGGGGCAAGUGGUGACCGGGAACCCCACACCGCACUUCCUGUCCGUGUGUCGCCCCAACUACACGGCCUUGGGCUGCCUACCACCCUCUCCUGACCGGCCAGGGCCUGACCGCUUCGUCACAGACCAGGGAGCCUGCGCGGGCAGCCCCAGCCUGGUGGCCGCCGCCCGCCGCGCCUUUCCCUGCAAGGAUGCGGCCCUCUGCGCCUACGCCGUCACCUACACGGCGAUGUACGUGACCCGAGUGUUCCGAGUGAAGGGCUCUCGCCUGGUGAAGCCCUCCCUCUGCCUGGCCCUGCUGUGUCCAGCCUUCCUGGUGGGCGUGGUCCGUGUGGCCGAGUACCGCAACCACUGGUCAGACGUGCUGGCUGGUUUCCUGACUGGAGCAUCUAUCGCUACCUUUCUGGUCAUCUGUGUCGUGCACAAUUUCCAGAGUCGGCCACCCUCUGGCCGAAGGCUCUCCACCUGGGAAGACCUGAGCCAGGCCCCUACCACGGACAGCCCCCUCGAAAAGUUAAGUGUGGCUCAGGAACCCGAGGCCUGCAGGCCGCAUUCGACACCGGCACGGCUCACCCCAUCCAAGUCGCAGAACUGUGCCCUCCGUGGCCACCUGAUCCCCAGCUGCGUGUCCUCCAGGGCCCCGGCCAUGUGUUCUUCGCCCCGGGUGCCCCGCCCUCGAUUGAGGUCUGAGCCAACGCCCCUGCCACUGCCCUUACCCCUGCCAGCACCGACUCCCAGCCAAGGCCCCUCACCCUCCUCCCCCGGGCCUGGAGGACCAGGUGGGGGUGGCGGGCGUGGCCGGAAGCUGCUGCUGCCUACGCCCCUGUUGCGGGACCUGUACACCCUCAGCGGACUCUAUCCCUCCCCCUUCCACCGGGACAACUUCAGCCCUUACCUUUUCGCCAGCCGCGACCACCUGCUGUGAGACCUACACCCACCCACCCACAUCUACCCGGUGUCCCCAUUUUCCUCCCCUGUCACGCGUGUGUGUGCGUGUGCCAUGUGAGUGCCAAAGGCCCCUCCACCUCCUCCUUUCCCCCAAAAAAAGAAAAGCCCCAGCCUGGUUCAGGCAUCCAGAGGAUGGCUGGAAGGACAUUUGGGGGAGACUGCCUGUCUCUCUUACCCCUUGGGACAUCCCAGGAAGCCAGAGCUCCAGGACAGACCCUUGCCCCAAGUAUUGGCCUUCGAAAGGCUGAAAGCUUGAUUUCCCCAUUGGCCCACGGCUCAGCCAAUGAGAGCUCUGGGUCUCAGAAUUCUAAGCCAGUUGAGCUCACUCCAGCCAAUGGGAGCGUGCUCCCAGGCAAGAGGCCAAGCCCAGCCAACGAAUGAGCCAAUAGGAGCCGUUGGCUUUCAGAAUUUCCGGAGUGGGUGGGUAUGAUGCCAGUCAAUGGGGGACCGCCCUUGUCUAAGCACGUGCAAAGGAGAGGAGGGAGAUUGGGGGAGUGGGGUCCACUCUGUCACCAGGUCCCCUCUCCUCACAUUCACCGAGUCCAGUGGAGGGCUGGGGGCAGGCUCCCCCAUGGCAGGGCCUUAGGGUACCCCUUUCCCUUCUCAGCCCCUCCCGCAUUGUACCCCAUCUCACCACCCCCUCCCUAAAAGCAGAGCUUGCCCCAGUUCAGAGGCUUUGGGGAGCUGAGAUCUUGUCUCCCUUGGCCUGUACCCAGGGCACCCUGAAAUCCUUCUGUUAUUUAUUAGGGCUGUGGGAAAUGACUUUUUUUUUUUUCUUGGAGCCUGCCUCUGUGUUCACACUGUGCUCACCCCAGCCCCAGCCUCAUGAAGAAAUGCCAUCUGGGGGUGGGGUGGGUCAUGGGUAGAACAGAAGGGCUCCCUUACCCUGAGCACCCCAAGGCAGUGGGCAGAGGAGACACCGGCCCUCUUUUCCUGCCUCCUCCUCAUCUUUAAUAAAG